CACGUGAAUAUCGUUCUCAAUUAUUAUUCCCUCCCCACUGUUGUCGGGACCCGCCACCUACAGUCGCCGACCACCACCACUAUAACACCUCUCUCUCUUGUCCAUCUCUCAGCUUUCAAUUAGUGAUCUCUCAGAUCGGAAAACUAAAAUGGCCGAUUCCUCAGUUACUCUCUUCUCUCCUUUCAAGAUGGCCAAGUUCAAUCUCUCUCACAGGGUUGUGCUUGCGCCGAUGACGCGGUGCCGAGCCUUGAACGGAGUCCCGAACCCGGCCCUGGCGGAGUACUACUCUCAGAGGUCAACCCCCGGCGGCUUUCUCAUCAGCGAAGGCACUUUGGUCUCUGACACAGCCGCUGGGUUUCCACAUGUUCCUGGGAUUUUCUCGGAUGAACAGGUUGAGGCAUGGAAGAAGGUAGUCGACGCCGUUCACGCGAAAGGAGCCAUUAUUUUCUGUCAGCUAUGGCAUGAAGGUCGUGCUUCCCAUGGAGUUUACCAACCUGGUGGGGGAUCGCCAAUUUCUUCAACCAACAAUCCCAUUUCAAAGAGGUGGAAAAUUCUCUUGCCAGAUGGGUCUCAUGGCACUUACCCUCAGCCUCAACGCCUCGAAAUACAUGAAAUUCCCCACAUUGUUGAGCAGUAUCGCCGCGCUGCUGUGAAUGCCAUUCGAGCAGGUUUUGAUGGAAUUGAGAUCCAUGGGGCACAUGGCUAUCUAAUUGAUCAAUUCUUGAAAGAUGGGAUCAACGAUCGAACUGAUGAGUAUGGUGGGUCGCUUGCAAAUCGCUGCAAAUUCUUGAUUGAAAUUGUUCAAGCAGUAGUUGAAGCCAUUGGUGCUGAUAGAGUUGGUGUCAGAGUCUCACCAGCUAUUGAUCACCUUGAUGCUAUGGACUCCGACCCAGUUAGCCUAGGCUUUGCUGUGAUUGAAAGGCUUAACAAGCUUCAACAGAACAUAGGCUCAAAGCUCACAUACCUCCAUGUGACUCAGCCUCGUUACGCUGCCUAUGGUCAAGCAGAAUCGGGCAAACAUGGCAGUGAUCAAGACGAAGCCGAAUUUAUGAGGACUCUGAGAAAAGCUUAUCAAGGUACAUUCAUGGCUAGUGGAGGUUUUACUAGAGAGCUAGGAAUGGAAGCUGUGGCUUCUGGUGAUGCUGAUUUAGUGUCGUACGGUCGCUAUUUUAUCUCAAACCCCGACUUGGUUUUGAGAUUGAAGCUGAAUGCUCCCUUGACUAAGUAUGUCAGGAAGACUUUUUACACCCAAGACCCUGUUGUUGGGUACACAGAUUACCCUUUUCUGAACAACACAAGUAUUAAAGAGCAAGCAGUCUCCCGCCUUUGAUUGUAAUGCUGCUUGAACAUUUAGAUAAAUAAAAACCUUGUAUUGGAAUUUGAACACUGUUGAA